GUGUGUGAAUGCGGGCGGCUGGAUGGGCUCCAUGUGUCUGCUGCACGCCUCUCUCACAGAGUAUGUGCUGCUGUUCGGGACGGCCGUGGACACGGGCGGACAUUCAGGUCGUUACUGGGCAGAAAUAUCAGACACCAUCAUUUCUGGAACGUUCAGGCAAUGGAAAGAAGGAAGCACUAAAAGCGAGACUUACUAUCCAGGAGACACUAUCGUGCAUGCGGUGGGAGAGGCCACGUCAGUGCAGUGGAGCGCCGGGACAUGGAUGGUGGAGUACGGCCGAGGAUUCAUUCCCUCCACGCUGGGCUUCUCUCUGGCCGACACCGUCUUCAGCACCCAGGACUUUCUAACACUGUUUUAUACUGUACGUGUUUAUGUGAAGAGUAUGAUCCUGGAGGCCAGCACUUUCCUCACUGACUCCGGCGUCCUCUGAAACACACACGUCGCUGUGUUAUUCUGAUAACUGCCCACAACAUCAGCUGGUCGUUUGCUAAUGGAGAGCCGACGACUUGUUGAACUGGAUGUAUGGAAAGCACUUAAUGUACUUACUUUUAGUUUCAUUUUCCGUACUGUACAAAGAGUUGAUCAAAUGUCUUUUCUAAAGGUGAAACACAUUUUUGGUCAACACACUGUUUGGGUAGAUACCAAGCUCGAUACUGUCCAGAAACGCUUAUUACGAGGUAUGGAUAAAACAAUCAAAAGGUAGCUUUCUGUAUUUCCAGAUCACACUCUGCACCUUUAAUAUACUGUGAAUAUUAAUUGUUGCUUUAUUUUUCAUAAGAUACAUUGUUCAAAUCUGUCUCCUGUUCAGCCUGCAGUCGCUCCAGAAUAAACCUAUUAAUUAGUAUUGUU